GAUUAUUUCUACUUAAUGUACAAAAUUUUCUAAAGGUCUCUCCACUAUCAUUGACAAUAGUUUCUCUAUAUUCCUCUCUUCUUCUCCUUCAAAGACAAAAAAUACUUAAAAAAGUAGAAAAAAUCUUAUGAAUCAUCUGUACUAGUCAUGUAGUGAUUAUCAUCGAUCAAGAAAUCAUAAAGAGCAGAUCGAAUCCAUGGCUAGUCCUAGCAACAAAGGCAAAGGCAUAGCAGAACGAUCAUCCUCUCAACCGCAACCGCAACCCCAACCGCAACCGCAACCGCAACCGGAACCGCAACAACCACAGUCACCUCCUAACCCACCAGCGUUGAGCCGGUACGAGUCACAGAAACGGCGAGACUGGAACACGUUUUGUCAAUACCUUCGUAACCAGCAGCCACCGGUUCACAUCUCACAGUGCGGUUCGAACCACAUCCUAGACUUCCUACAGUAUCUUGACCAGUUCGGAAAGACAAAAGUUCAUGUCCAUGGAUGUACUUUUUUCGGACAAGUUGAGCCGGCUGGACAGUGUAUCUGUCCUCUAAAACAAGCGUGGGGGAGUUUAGAUGCUUUGAUCGGACGGCUGAGAGCCGCUUACGAGGAGAACGGAGGGUUGCCGGAGAGAAACCCUUUUGCCGGCGGUGGAAUUAGGGUUUUUCUUAGGGAAGUGAGAGAUUCACAGGCCAAGGCAAGAGGAGUUCCGUACAAGAAAAGGAAGAAGAAGAAGAGGAAUCCUAUGAAGAGUGGAGAUGGUACUACAGGAACUAGUAGCUCCAACUUGCCAUCUUAGCAAGCAAACAAAAAACAUAUAAUAAAACAAAUCUGAGAUUAAUUAAUGGUAAGCAUUUUAUUUUUCUCUAUAUUUAAUCUCUAUAAAUUUCAAUUAAUUUCAACGUUAUGAUCUUUUUGGAAUUCUAUACAUACAUAAACGUUAAAUAGA